AUUGACACCUUGGCCGUAGCUCGCGGAGGGACUCUCUGGCUGCGAGGGCAAGUGCAGCACGGCGACGCAGACCGCGCAGGACUGAGAAGGAGGGUUUCUCCCUGGGCAGCCAGAGCCGCAAAGGUGGAGCCGCGUUGGCGCCCGCCGCGGGACCAGCGCCUCGGAUGCGGGCGGAGCGCGGGGGGCCGCGGCGGCGGGGGCGCGAAGCGGGGGCCCAGGGGGCCCUCAUGUGAGAGCCGCGGGACCAGCCGCCGCCGUCCCCGGAGCCCGGGGUGGUGUGUGGGGGACACCGACCCCGGCAGCAGAAUGAAACGAGGAGGAAGAGAUAGUGACCAUAGUUCAUCUGAAGAGGGUACUGCAGAGAAAUCAAAGAAACUGAGGACUACAACAAAUGAGCAUUCUCAGAUGUGUGACUGGGGUAAUCUCCUUCAAGACAUUAUUCUCCAAAUAUUUAAAUAUUUGCCUCUUCUUGACCGGGCUCAUGCUUCACAAGUUUGCCGCAACUGGAAUCAGGUAUUUCACAUGCCUGACUUGUGGAGAUGUUUUGAAUUUGAACUGAAUCAGCCAGCUACAUCUUAUUUGAAAGCUACACAUCCAGAGUUGAUCAAACAGAUUAUUAAAAGACAUUCAAACCAUCUACAGUAUGUCAGCUUCAAGGUGGACAGCAGCAAAGAAUCAGCUGAAGCAGCUUGUGAUAUUUUAUCACAGCUUGUGAAUUGCUCUUUAAAAACACUUGGACUUAUUUCAACUGCUCGGCCAAGCUUUAUGGAUUUACCAAAGUCUCACUUUAUCUCUGCACUGACAGUUGUGUUUGUAAACUCCAAAUCCCUGUCCUCGCUUAAGAUAGAUGAUACUCCAGUAGAUGAUCCAUCCCUCAAAGUACUAGUGGCCAACAACAGUGAUACUCUCAAGUUGCUAAAAAUGAGCAGCUGUCCUCAUGUCUCUCCAGCAGGUAUCCUUUGUGUGGCUGAUCAAUGUCAUGGCUUACGAGAACUGGCUCUGAACUACCACUUAUUAAGUGAUGAAUUGCUACUUGCUCUGUCUUCUGAAAAACAUGUUCGAUUAGAACAUUUGCGUAUUGAUGUAGUCAGUGAGAAUCCUGGACAGACACACUUCCAUACUAUCCAGAAGAGCAGCUGGGAUGCUUUCAUCAAACAUUCACCCAAAGUGAACUUAGUUAUGUAUUUUUUUUUAUAUGAAGAGGAAUUUGACCCAUUCUUUCGUUAUGAAAUACCUGCUACUCAUCUUUACUUUGGGAGAUCAGUAAGCAAAGAUGUGCUUGGCCGUGUGGGAAUGACAUGCCCUAGACUAGUUGAACUAGUAGUGUGUGCUAAUGGAUUACGGCCACUUGAUGAAGAGUUAAUUCGCAUUGCAGAACGUUGUAAAAACUUGUCAGCUAUUGGACUAGGGGAAUGUGAAGUCUCAUGUAGUGCCUUUGUUGAGUUUGUGAAGAUGUGUGGUGGCCGCUUGUCUCAGUUGUCCAUUAUGGAAGAAGUAUUAAUUCCUGACCAAAAGUAUAGUUUGGAGCAGAUUCAUUGGGAAGUGUCUAAGCAUCUUGGUAGGGUGUGGUUUCCCGACAUGAUGCCCACUUGGUAAGGACCAUGUUAUAUAGGGCAUGAUGAAUAGCACCUUACCUUCAACCAAAUGUAUUGUAAUAAAAGUUUAUUUGCUGUA